AUGUCAGGCGUUAUUGGGUUAGGUUUGGGUUUCACCUCUAUUGAUUUCGAAAAGCCUUCUUCUACCAUUGAAAGCGAUUCACGUCCAGAUGGCUUUCUCCCUCGACCCACUCAUCCAGCAUAUCAGGUCAAAGUACCUGAACGAUCUCAUCGAGGACCACGAUCUCUAGGCGUAGGGAAACGAUUCGUCUCUUCACCCUCUCAGACCCUACCUCCAAGUAUAUACGACAAAUCAACUUCCAACCCUCUAUCUAUCCCAUCACCAUCUUCAUCAGAUUCUACUGGACUAGAUCCUAAGAACAAAAACAUGUUGAUCAAUUCACCUCAAUUGGGAUUGGAUCUAGUGAAUAUAAACCCAACACAGCAUCUACGUCUGAUGAAGAAACGUUCUUUUGCGGCGAACAACAAGCGUGACUUCGGGUUGAGGUCGAACGACCCUUUGAAUAGGAAGUCAAAUCCAGCUCAAGCUAUCGGCACUACCAGCUCACCGACGAUCGGGUCAUCUCCCACAUUAGGUUCAUCACCCAUCAUGUCUUCUUCGCCUAUUCCCUCUCAGGAACAUCAUGUCGACAUGCUAGGUCCAUCUAUCGCUCUAUCGGUGGUGCUUGGUUUGUUAGUAUUGGGAGUAGCAAGUUGGGUGGGUAUACAUUAUAGGAGGAAACGACUGUUACUUCAACAACAAGAAGAGGAAGGCAAUGGAUAUGGAAGAAAUAGAGAAAGGGAUUCAGACGAGAAAUCAUUCACAUCUGAAAUGUUCAAUGCCUCAAACGUCGUGGAGAAAGGAUUGAAACCCAGAUCACUUGGUGGGACUAUGAAUGAAGAAGAACUAAGAUCAAGCUUUAUCUCUUAUAAACGACCGUUUUCUACUGUACAUCCUUCAGCAGGUGGUAGAAGGGUCAGUUUUGUCGAUACGGUGGAUAACCAUCAUGAUGAUCAGGACGAUUAUGAAUACUCGGGUAACAGGAACAGGAGAGAAAGUGUUCUGCCACCACCGAGGUUCAUGAUUGCUGCUUUGCACCGACCCGAAGUGGAACAUAUAGAGGACGAACCGGAAGAAGAGUUGGAACAGCCUGUACCGUCACCUCGGACAUCCAUUGCGCCGACCCUAGAGAUGAUCGAAGAAGAGUUAGAAGAGGAAGAAUCCACCUCGAACAGCUCCCAGCCUCAGGGACAGGCUACCGACGAGGUGUCCAGAGAUUCCAUCGUAUCGUCAACCUCAUCAUCAAGUGAUUCAUCCACUUGCUCCGGCGAUUACACCACCGCAUCUGCUCGAUCAAGUAUAUCAUCUUUAUCAGCUUUAUCAAUCAUUUCAUCUUCCUUCCCCCAGACACCAAGGGAUCAAUCUACCCCUUCACCAGCCAUGCAGAUGGAAUCGCCCAAUCUGGAGAAUGAGAUGGGUGGGGGGAUAUAUGAUUCGCCCACUCCAACCGGCAAGUUUCAGUCCAGGAGGAAGCGAGCUCAAUCUCACGGUGACACAGGAUUGGUCGAAGUACAGAAACAUGAUUUGCUUAGAACGGCUGUAGGCAGAACAAUGAGUCUACAGCCUACCAAAGAAGUUAGGGAAUUCAUCAAGUUGAUGACUGCUCAAAACGAAGUUGGGAGCAUGCAUCGUGCGCCUACUGGCAAAAAUCACAAUACCAUCUCAAGAAAGACAACACUUAAGACGAACGUAGGACGGGAGAGCAGGGAUCGAAGCGAGGAUGAACCGAUGGAACCAGAAAAACAGAAAAUAGAUGAAAUGGAAGAUCUUCGGGUGGCAGCUUUUAUAUCCUCUCAGCUUGAAGAAAAAGUCACCAGGGAACAGCAACAAGAGGAUCAAAAAGGAUCAAAAAUGAUGGCAAGAUCAACUUCAUUUCCAUCGAAAUUAAUCUCUCGUCGUAAAUCGACAAAAAGUAGUCCGUCAUCGUCCUCUAGGAAAUCUGAGAUUGUAUCAUCUGAUGGGUAUUUGAGAAAGGCUUGGCAAGCUUUCAAUGCCCACGAGGAAGUACCGGUCAUUCCUACCAACAUACCUAUUUCACUUGCCAGAUCACAGGAAGACGAAAGUAUAAAGAGUCUAGCUGAGAGACAGGUCCAAUUAGAGAGGUAUCUAAGCUUGAUCCAAUCGGAGGGUCAACAACACGUUCAGAAAGUUAAUGAUAGCGAUAAUGAUGCUGAAGAGGUACAGGAAGAUCCUUACAUACAACACGGAGAGGAGGGAGAAGAGGAUAUGGAGAUUGAAGAAGACGAAGACAUGGAAGAAGUUGAUUCGGUAUGGAACCCUGAUGCGUAUGCUCAAGACAUGGAAGAUGAACAAGGGAUAGCAUUUGAAGAUUAUUAUAUCCAUUUCGAAUCUGACGAUGUCUACUCGCCGGAACAAGAAGAUCAGAUGGCUUCAAGAACGAACAGGAUCAGUUACGCGACUGGUGUACCUCACAUAAGAGUGACGAGUCAUUGA